AUGGCCGGCCUGGAACCGGACCGCGAGAUUCCUGCUGCUUUGGCAGAGGUUGAAUAUCACGAGAAAUAUGCUUACGACUAUACUUUACGAAAGAAAGGUACGAUGUCAGACGAAGCUGCCGAUAGGGUCGAUCCCAUUCACGAGGGAUUGGAGUUUCCAACCGAGGAAGAGCUUAUCGCUCUUCGCAGAGUGUCAGAUGCCAUACCGUGGACUGCUUACAUGAUCGCCGUCGUAGAACUGGCUGAACGAUUUUCCUAUUAUGGUGCAAGUGCGGUCUUCGUGAAUUUCAUCCAACAACCACUUCCACCCAAUUCAACCACCGGGGCAGGUGGUUUGAAUGGUCAGUCUGGUGCCCUUGGGAGAGGUCAACAAAUGUCCACGGGUCUCACGACCUUUUAUCAAUUCUGGUCGUCCGGAACGCCUAUAGCAGGUCGUUACAAGACCGUUUGCAUGUGCGUCGCAAUCGCCAUGCUCGGUCAUGUUAUCAUGAUUAUCUCGGCCAUACCUGGUAUCAUCGGAAGCGAUGCCUCUGUCGGACUCUUUACUCUUUCUUUGAUAGUCACUGGCAUGGGUGCGGGCGGGUUCAAGUCUAAUAUCUCCCCUCUAGUGGCAGAACAAUAUCACCGAACAAAGAUGUUUAUCUCGGUAACAAAGAAGGGGGAACGGGUUAUCGUGGACCCCAGCUUGACAACGUCUAGAAUUUACAUGUACUUUUAUCUCUUCAUUAACAUCGGCGCGCUUGUCGGUCAGAUAAGUAUGGUAUACGCGGAAAAGUUCGUCGGUUACUGGCUGGCCUAUACACUUCCGACCGCUGUUUUCCUUCUCUCCCCUUUGGUCUUGUGGUAUGGACGCGGCAAGUAUCGUACCUCACCACCGACGGGUUCAGUGCUCGCCACUGCAGUCCGUGUCUGCUGGAACCCUAUCAAGACCGUUCGCAACCUCACCGCCGAUGACUUCUGGGAGAGUGCCAAGCCAAGCAAUAUGGUCGGUGAGAAGCCGGCAUGGAUGAGGUUUGAUGAUAACUGGGUGGAAGAAGUUCGUCGCGGGUUUAAAGCUUGCUCCGUGUUCCUGUGGUUCCCAGUUUAUUGGUUGUCCUACAAUCAAUUGAACAAUAAUUUGACAUCGCAAGCUGCUACCAUGAGCACGCACGGUCUACCUAACGAUAUUCUUUCUAACCUGGAUCCUUUGGCUCUCAUCAUCUUUAUCCCGCUCUGCGACUUGGUCUUCUACCCUGCUCUCGUCCGAUGGAGGAUCAACUUCAAGCCCUUGCAAAAGAUUGCUUUUGGGUUCUAUACUGGUGCUGCCGCCAUUGUAUGGGCGGCUGUCGUCCAGUACUACAUUUACAAGACAAAUCCAUGCGGAUAUUUUGCCGGUACAUGUGUCGACAGCAACGGGAACCCAUUGGUAUCCCCUUUGAACGUGUGGAUUCAGAGCGGAUCAUAUGUCAUGAUUGCGAUUAGCGAGAUCCUUGCUUCGAUCACGGGUCUGGAGUAUGCGUUCACUAAGGCGCCGAGGAACUUGCGGUCGCUUGUCAUGUCUAUGUUCCUCUUUACGAAUGCUGUCGCAUCUGCCAUCGGCGAAGCCUUCGUUUCCCUCUCGACUGACCCGUUGCUCGUCUGGAACUACGGUUCCGUCGCUGUUAUAUGUGGUAUUUCUGGCGUCAUUUUCCGGAUCCUCGUGAGGAAGUUGAAUUCCGAAGAAGACAGAUUGAACAAUAUGGCUGAAGGACGGUUUGACUGA